UACUCGCGCUACUGUAAUGGCGUUACUAAGCAACACUGCUCAGACUGCUAUAUAGGCGCGAAGACGAGCCUCUCCGGACAAGAGGAGCCACAAGACCGGAGAAGUUGCUGCAGAGGCUGAGCGCGCGAGCUUAGGAGACAGUGGAGGGAACCAGGCACAGCGUUUUGACGCACGUACGCACGCGCUAUGGACUACUGAGCUCUGAGGGAAGAAACAGUGCGCGCACGGUACAGCUGCUGCUCGUGCCUAAAAAACCAUACUAAUUAAGGUUUUUUGGUUUUGUAGUGUUUGUCCACGGUUAUUUUCAUAUAAUAGAAAUCUGACUUAAUAAUACUGCGUAAACAAACAGGUUUGGCAUCAUGAAGUUACUGCUUUUACCAGUUUUAAUGGCUUUUUUCGCCGUCGGUCAAGUUUUUUGCGAGGAAAACGACCCAAAAGAAGAAGCUGACUACUGGACCAACAGUAAUCAAAUUCAGGACGGCUGGCUUUCCAACGACCCAUUCAGGGAAAUCCUCCUGAGGAUGACACGAAAGCCGCGGCCGCAUCAGUUCAUCGGUCUGAUGGGAAAGCGCUCCAUGGCAAAUGCACAGAUCACCCGGAAAAGGCAUAAAGUCAACUCUUUUGUUGGACUGAUGGGAAAAAGAAGUCAAGAGGAGCCAGAGUCCUAUGAGUGGAGCACAAUACAGACAUAUGACAAGCGCCGCUAAAAACGGUCAUCUCUUCACCUGCCUGCUUCUCAUCUAGCCAUUCCUCAUCCAUGGGAGGGGCACCUGACAAUUUCUCCAAACUGUGUAUAGCUGUUAGUUGAAUAAAAUGAUUCUGUUUCCA